GCUGGUGUAAAUGAACGCUGUACGUCAUGACGUUGAACCGGAAGUAUUAACGAUGCCGCCAAAGAGUUUGUAAAGGGACUUUCAUGCAGCUCGAGGAGUAUCUCUUCAUUUCAAAGUGUGUUAGUGCUCCAUCAUGUCUGGGUCGCAGCACCUCAGACUGCUGCUCAACGAGCGACUAGCAGCGGCUGCAGAGGAGAUCUGGGGACUCGUUGAGAGGUCGAUAUCAGAGUCGAUAUCAGAGUCGAUAUCAGAGUAUCAGGAUGAAGCUGUCCGCUCCAAGAGAGAAGUCCUCCAGCUGAGACAGCAGAUCGAGCAGCUGACCGUCUUAAAGCCUGAAGUCAUCUUAUUCAGAGCAGACUCCCAGCCGGUCUCUGAGGAACUGCCUCCUUCAUUGCAGCAAUAUGACAUUAAGGUGGAAGAGAUUCCCGUUCUGGAGAUCCAAGUGCACCCGCAGGUCAAAGAGGAGCCGAUCCAAGUGCACCCGCAGGUCAAAGAGGAGCCGGUGGAUCGGUUAAUCGUUACAGUUAUGGAGACUGAAACGUCCAACGACGCUGACGCAAAGACAGAAAUCAACCAUCUGAAACAGCAGAUCGAUCAGCUGGCCGUUUUCGCUGCAGUAACACCAUUCAGAGCAGACACCCAGUUGGUCUCUGCGGAGACUUUGCCUUCACAGCAGCCAGACCAGCUCCCCAAUGUGGAGGACAACAAGACCCAUGAUUGUCAGCAGGUCAAAGUGGAGCAGGUGGAUCGUUGUAUCGGUCCAGACAUGGAGGCUGAUACUUCCAACCAUGCUAAAGUCAGACAUCCUAAAUCAGAACCAGCCACUAACUGGGAGCUGCUCCCAUCUUCCACUGCUGAAACUGUGAGCGUAAACGAAAGCGUCGACGACAAAUGGAAUGAAAGUGAUGGUUCAUCGUCACCUCGUCGGAGUCAUAGCGUUGAAGUGGAGCAGCCACAGAGGGAAGAAGUGUCUUGCCGCUUUUGUGGUAAAAGCUUUGAUAAUGAAUCUUCUCUUGUAAAGCAUGUAGGCAAGAGCCACAAAGGGCACAAAGCCUUGAAAUGCCUGGAGUGUCACAAGGAGUUUGACAAAAGGUACCAGGUGGUUCAGCAUACAAGAAUUCACACCGGUGAAAAACCCUUCAGCUGUGAUAACUGUGGCAAAACAUUCAGUCAGAACUCUAAUCGUCUUGCUCACAUGAGAAAGUAUGCUGUAGGUACACCAUCUUUUUGUGGGAAAAGUUUUGCCACAAUCAAUGAUUUAAGAUCUUUCAAAGUGCAGAAUGAAUGUGAAAUCACACCGGAACAAGGGAACAUAGAUGAGGAUGACAAAGAGGAGAAGGCCUUUAAAUGCUUUGAACGCAGCAAAGAAUUUAAACAUAACCAUCAGUUCGUUGAGCAUGUGAGAGUUCACACCGGUGAAAAACCCUUCAGUUGUGAUUUCUGUGGCAAAACAUUCACUCGGAACUUUAAUCGUAUUGCUCACAUGAGAAUGCAUACCGGAGAGAAACCAUAUUUUUGUAAUAAAUGUGGGAAAAGUUAUACCAGAAGAGGGCAUUUUAAAACGUGCAAAAUGCAGAAUGAGUUCAAAGUCACUCCGGAAAAAGGGAAUGUAGAUGAGGUUUGGAAAAAGGAGAAGGUCUUUAAAUGCUUUGGAUGCAACAAGGUGUUUAAAUGUAAGGCACAUCUCAUUCGACAUGCAAGAAUUCACACCGGUGACAAACCCAUCUGUUGUGAUUUCUGUGGCGAAACAUUCACUCGGAGCUCAACGUUUAUUAUUCACAUGAGGAAGCACGCUGGAGGGAAACCGUUUAUACUUUUAAGAAAUGUGGCAGGGGGUUCACCAGUGGAGGUAGCUGUGCCAGGCAUGCUUAACACUGCCCAGAAUGAUGGAGACAACACAUCAUUGAGAAACUGCAUGGACAGGAGUUAGAAGAGAAAAAAAACUUAGUCUACAAGACACCAAAUUUGUCUUAAAAUGUGCAGUCCAGUAUUUAGGAAUGGCCUGUUGCAGCUACAAUCUCCCACAAAAGCAUACAUGUGCUGAAAUGUUGUACAUUUUUUUUUUUUUUUAGCUGAAUAAGAAACUAUAUUCACCAGUUUCUGUGGAUACAAUUACAAUUUUGGGCUGUGUCAGUUAUAAUUUGACAUCUCGAACAAAUAUUAUAAUUGUUUUAUUUAUGGUGGAGAAGAAAUGAAACUGUCCCAAAUGUCCUACCCCUCCCCCCUCACUCCACCCAGUUGGUGCUAAUGUAUAACUUGUGUUCAGAUGGUUUACAGAUUGGCUGUGACAUCACUGCAUUUACACAUAACUGAGAUUGUGUCUUCAGAAGUUAGAUGUGAUUAUCAGCAUCCUUCAGGUUUUAUUACUUGUUAUGUUGUUGUUGUUUUUAAUCUUUUUGUUGUUAAGUAGUUACUUCAGUAAGCGUUAGUGCCUUGCUUGGAUAACAAG